AUGGGGAAACAGCAGUAUGGAUUCAUGAGAGGAAGAGGGACGGUGAAUGCCAUCUUCAUAAAAUUUUGUUACGAAGUUAGACGCAUUGUUGAGGCAGAGGAAGAAGUCAACUACACCAAGAGAAUGGGUAGCCAGUGGGUGAAUGACCUGAAGGCACUGAAGACCAACUGGGUGAAGGAAUACCUGACGGAGGCUCCCUGGCUCAUUCUCAUCUUCAAGCAGACCUACGGCAUCUUGCCCGACGGAAGGAAGAGGAACCACUACUACCACGAGAUCUCGACAGUGGCCGGCGGCAUCAUGCUCUCUGCAAUUCACUAUGCCGGAUUGGUGACCCUGACCUCGACGCCUCUGAACUGUGGGCCCCAACUGAACCUGCUGGGACGCCCGUCCAACGAGAAGCUGCUGCUGCUCCUUCCAGUGGGUUACCCUUCCUUAGACGCCACAGUUCCCGACUUGCAAAGGAAGGACUUGGAAGACAUCAUGGUCGUCUUUUAAGGAAGACGUCGAAGAAACCGUAGAAGUCG